AAUGGUGGAACGCAGAGUUGAUUGUGUUUGUGAUUAUUUUGUGUGAUAAAAAUGAAAUUUGUAUUAAUUUGUUGAAUUAAAUUAAUUCAGAAUGGAAAAUAACAUGUUCCUGACGUGAUUUUCAUUCAUAAACGCCUCAUUAUGAGUUACGUGAGGUUAGGGCUACACAAAUGGACAAACGUAAACAAGCAAUUCCUUGUGGCCCUCCUCUCGGGCAUUGUGGUGGGGUUUGUGACCGCCUAUGUGAUACUCUCCCCCGAGAUCCUCCUGGUGGCUCUGGGGGAUCCCCAUACGAGUCAAGACAUGGAGUCUGCAUCUGGACCUUCAAUCGAUCCGGGGGUUCACCGACACGAUGAAGAGUUCCACCAAAUGGAGAAUACAACCGUUGCUGAUCUCAUGUUUAAGAAAGUGAGGGUUUUGUGUUGGAUCAUGACAGGGCCUAGCAACCACGAGAAGAGGGCAAGACAUGUCAAGGCCACGUGGGGCAAACGGUGCAACAAGUUGAUAUUCAUGAGUUCACAGAAAGAUGACUCGCUUCCCGCCGUGGCCCUCCCCGUGAGCGAAGGCCGCAACAACCUGUGGGGUAAGACAAAGGAGGCGUUCAAAUACGUGUACCACAACCACAUGCAUGACGCUGAUUGGUUCCUCAAAGCCGAUGACGAUACCUAUGUAAUAUUGGAGAAUUUGCGUUACAUGCUCCUCCCUUACCACCCCUCCGACUCCAUCUACUUCGGUUGCAAGUUUAAGCCCUAUGUCAAACAGGGGUACAUGAGUGGGGGCGCUGGCUACGUUCUCAGUAAGGAGGCGGUACGACGUUUCGUCGAGCUUGGUCUCAACUCCACCAAAUGCUCCAAGACUAACAGUGGCGCCGAAGACGUCGAAAUCGGUAAAUGUCUCGAAGCGGUGGAUGUCAAAGCGGGGGAUUCACGCGAUUCGCUCGGGAGAGGACGGUUUUUUCCGUUCGUACCCGAGCAUCACUUGAUUCCGGGACACGUGAAGAAGAGUUUCUGGUAUUGGCAGUACAUCUACUAUGAGAGUAAAGAGGGGAUGGACUGUUGCUCGGAUAAUGCCGUGUCGUUUCAUUAUGUCACUCCGAAUCAAAUGUAUGUUUUGGAGUACUUGAUUUAUCAUCUAAGGCCAUAUGGAAUCUCGUAUCAGGUGGAAAUGCCACCGGAGUUGGUGGCCGAUGAGCACGAAAAAAAUUGACUUCCUUGUAGUUUGCUCAAAGUGGGGGAAUCACUAGUCGAUAUAUUACCGAUGUGAGAUUAUAUUUUAGGGAUUUUUAGUUUGUGUGUGAAUAUGUUUGUAUCCCUGACAAUUGCCAUAUUUUUUCUAUUAUUUUUAUCUUCUUGGAUGUUUUAAAAAUGACGUCUAUGACAACCAACCGCAAUCUCUUAUACCCAAUUUGGGGAUUUUAUUAUUUCAAGUUUUUAACACUAGAAUGCAUAGAAAUUAAAAACAAAUUCUAUACCAAAGAUAUUUCAGAGUAAGAUUUUACUCGAUGAUUAUAGGUUAGGUUUUAUCUAUUUUAGCAUAUUUCUUUCGUUGGUGGGACAUAAGUCGAGCCGUUAGAUGGCGCAAUUUUUGCUCAAUAUGCUCAAUACUUCUUUUCAUGGUUUAACAUUGUUUUGUAAUCACUUAAUUUUUAACCAUUCUUUAUAAUUUGUCAUUAUUACUGUUUUUAUGCAAAAAAGGAUGAUUUCCUACCGAUGCGCUUGAUUAGUUUUAAAAGUGAUCACUAGGUGGCGCCUGGUAAACAUAUCAAAAUAUAUCAGUAAAAACCUACUUUAAUUAGAAAUUCCUAUUACUUUUUUUUUCUUUAUUGUAUCACAUUUAAAAAAAUUUUUAAGUAUAUUUGAGAUUGCUUUCAAACACAGUCCCAAAUAAUUAAUUUUUGUAGAAGAAAAUUACGUUUAAACUAGUCAGCUAUGUAAAAAUAAAAUGGAAUAAAAAGCGUACUUACCAA